AUGUCCGGGCCUCAUCAGACCCGGACUAUUGGUGUCAUAGGCCCCGCGGGGUUUGGUGGUUCGUACCUGUGUGUUGAACUUCUCCGCAGAGGACACGCAGUAAUUGGACUCUCGCGCAACCCUGAAUCAUUCGGUUCAUGCCCAGGCUAUACGCCCAGAGGGCUUGACAUUGAAUCAGCCAGCAUAGAAGAUAUGGCCAGAGAUUUCAGCGAUAUUGAUGUACUGGUCAGCCAAUAUGGCGCACAUACGCAAGGGGCGGGUGCACUUCAAUACAUGCCUUAUAUAGAGGUGGUUCGAAAAAUGAUUCUCGCUGUCAAGCUAGCCAAUAUCAAAUACUUCGUGUUUGUAGGUGGAGCUGGUAGCCUCUUGGUCCCAACGACACAUGAUUCGUUGGCGGACCACCCGUCAUUUUUCCUUUCAUACCGGCGGCAGAUGGCGGAAAGCGACGCGCACGUACAAUAUAUGGAGGAACGUCUUGGUCCCAUCGGGGAAGGCUUGCGAGUAUACCGGAAUGCCCAUCUUGCCGUGAAAUCUGGGAAGGCUACAACCACGGACCUGCAGACGAUCGAUGCAUAUGAAAAUAAUGUUCGCAAAAAUGAUCGUGCGUCCGAUUACAUAAAAGCUGGAAGGGCUUCGCUCUUGUUCUUCGAAGGGAACACGUCGUUUCCGUGGACUUUUGUCUCUCCUAGUCCAUUGUAUAGACCAGGUCCACGAACGGGAAGCUAUGAGAUUACCAUCGACUAUGUUCCUCUAAAGGGAGUUCAAAAAGACGAGAAUAAUGUUUUGGAAGGUCGAUUAACGGGAAUCUCAGCGGCGGACCUUGCCGCUGCCAUUGUGGAUGAAAUCGAGUCCCCGAAGCUCCUACAUAAGCACUGGACUGCCACGGCCGAUUUGUCCAAUGACACGGCCUAUCCCUGUUAUGUAACGGCCAAGAAUAUCCACGAACACAUAUAG